CUGGAAAAACUUUUUGAACCAACACUUCAUCUAGUUGCUUUCCAAUGGCAUGCUUUGAUGGAACAUUGCGUAAUUCACACAAAAGAUCACCCGAGUCCUGAUGAUAAGGGGAAUGAAAUCACUGUUCCUGGCGACUCGAAGCAAAUGAAAGAAAUAAAGAAGUUGAUCAAAAAGGUGUUAGAAGAGAAGUGGAAGUUGGAGGAUUUGCAUGUUGUUGCGGCGUUGCUGGAUCCUCAUCAAAAGGACCGGCUGGAACUGUUUGAUGUACCAUUUGUCCAAGUGCGGAAAGGGAAAUCCCGCCUGAAGGAAAUCAUGCAGCAAGUUGGGGAGGGGGGGGGGUUCAAGAGCGAGUUGUCAGAAAUAGCAGAGGUUGAACCUCGAAGUGAACGACCACGCAAAAGAAGGCGGCCUUUGCCUAGAGUGAUCACUACGUGCAGCUCAGAUGAGGAAGAUGCAGUUCUUGAUAAUAGUGUUGAUGUUGUCGACACGUUGAACGAGCGGAUUGAGAAAGAGCUGGAGGUUUACUUCAAUUUGAAAUUGACGAAGGAUGAAAAGCGGGCAUUCAGCAUUUUGCCUUGGUGGACGGCAAAGGGCACUGCAGUGAAAACUGCAGAGAAACAAUUGUUGCUGCUCCCUUUGCCAAUCAUGGCACGUGAGGCCCGCUCCUUAAGUCGGUCACGGGGCGAGAGUCUAAGCGGUGAGGAGUGGAACUGUCAGCCAGUUGUACAUCUAUCACCAUGGUGGACACGCGUAGCGGUACGAGCACCACCCCAUAUACGAAAGAGCAGGAAGAGAGUGCCGCCGCCAUUGAAAGAACGAAAGGAGGAGGCCAAGAAGCAGGCCCUGUUGGAAGCGCAGGCGGCAAAGAAGAAGAAGCUUGAAGAAGAAAUGGAGAGGUUGAAGAGAGAAGAGGAGGAGAAGCUUAAAGAAGUCGAAGAAGAAGAAGGGGAAGAGGAAGAAGAAGAGGAGAUACCCCUCGUGAGGAUUGUGAGGAGAGAGGAAAGAGGGGAAUCCAGUGGGGUUAGUGAAGACGAGAAGAAACUGGAGAAGAUGGUGUCGGAGUGGGUGGCCAACUUUUCCCUGGGGGAAGAUGAAGAAGCGUUGAUGUACAUCCCCCAGGAUGAGAGGGAUGCUGAUGUGGCAGAGAUAAAGGCCCUGACAGACCCAUUACAGCAGCAGGCCCUGGAAGAGGAGAAAAGAAUGGAGUGGAAAUUGCAACUGAGGAGGCAAAGAAGGAGGUGCAUUGCGGCGGCCACCGAGUUACAGAAGGAAUUGGCUGCCACAGCAGAGCGGCAUACUAAUGCGCUGGCACAAGGACUUGCAGAGCAAGGUGGAUGCGAUCGCAAGAAGCAUAGAUGUAUCGAUUCGUGUCCAACAGGAGCAGAUGCAUACCUCAAGGGGCCAUGCAUAGCCCUACAAUCUAUCCGAGUAGGCUUUAGAGACUUCGCCCACGAUAUGAUGAUGCGGAUGGGCUCUGGGAUGCAGGCCCGUACGAAGAACACAAAACAAUUCUGUGUUGGCGCCAUAGAGGGCGCCAAGCUUGCAGUCCCAAAGGAGGAGGAGGCACGCCCGCAUAGGGAACGAGUCAAAGUAAAGUUCUCUGACGCCUACAACGGGACACAGGGGGAAGACUUUGACAAUUGGGAGGCCAACAUCAAUUCCUAUGUGCACCUCCCUGAGGAGCAGGUCCUCGUCGCAUUCCAUGCCCUUAGAGACGAAGCGUCUAGCUUCGCCAGGUCGUUAGCCCGCGCCGCCAAAUGUGACAAUGAUAUGGUGGCUCAUUCCACCAUCACUCCCCUCAAUGAAUUCCUAAAGUUACUUCGCGAACAUUUCGCGGAUGUAACUAAGGGAAUCAAGGCCUCAGAAGAGCUCCAGACGAUACACACACGUCAGUGGAAGAGUGCAAGGACACUCAAGGGAGCCAUGGAUGAGCUUGUCGCGGUUCCAAACCAGGGGGUCACUGAGCCAUAGUUGGUUUAGUUAUUCUUCCGCGCGAUGCCCGAACAUUUGCACGGGCACUUCUACGACAAGUCGCGAGAACAAGGGAUGACGCAUGAUAGGUUGAGUCGCGAUGUC